AGGGCGGGGCGGCGAGAGGGGAGGGCGCGGGAAGGGAGGACAGGCCUUGCAGCAGCUUCCACCAGCCUCAGUCGCGGUGGCGUUGGCUCAGGACGCGGACCUCUGUUCCUUCCUCCUCUGUCGCCUCUCACUGGACGCUGCGUCGCCCGCCACACCCCACUGCCGGGCCAAGGACCUUCCCUAACUCUACUUCUUCGGCUCUUACAGCAUUGGAAGACCCUCAGCCGCGCCUCGCCCACUUUGUACCCACUCCCAUUUGUUCCCAUGAUACGCCCUUCACUUAUCUCACGGUACUCUUGAAAUAGAUUGAAAUAGAUCCUGUACAGAGUCCUAUGUCCUUUGCUUUUCUCCUCACGCCCUCCCACGGCCGUCAACGCCCCCAACCCCGGCCAAAGCUCCCCCAUGCGUUCCCUGCAGACUUAAAGAAAGGUUGAGGUGAAGUCGAGUGUGAAGUGUCUCGUCAAAAGGUUCAUUUCAUGCAGAGUUGGAGCGAAAACGUUGCUUUGGUGAAGGUUUCUGAGCAAACUGCGAAGUGAAACGCGGAUUCGAAGCGUGACACGACACUAAACGAAGCAUUGGAGGAGGUGCAGUGAAGCAGUGGAUCGAAGGGAAUUCAAUCAAUGAGCAAAGUGAAGCGAAACAUUAAACGAAAGGGUAUGAAGCACUGAGCGUAGCGUGGAUCAGCAGGCCGCGGGGAGUGAAGCACAGAUCAGAUACCAUUGAACCAGUGACGCGAUAAAAAAAAAAAGUUAAAAAAAGGAGAAAGAAAAUAAGUCACACUGAAUAUUGGAAGCGCCUGAGCGAAGCACCGGACCAAAACGAGAACAAGAGGAAUAAGAACAAAAUAACUAAAUUACAGACAACUACAACGAGGUAAAGAGACGAUAAAUGAAUAAUGAGAGACAAAAUCUGUAAACUUCGAUGGAAACUUAAGAAAUAAUACAACUUUUGAGGAAACUUGAUCCAUGGGAGUUAGUCAAGUGUAGAGUGAAGGAUGAUGAUGAUGAUGAUGAUGACAAUGAUGACGAUGAUGAUAAUGAGGGCGAAGAUAAGAAAGUGAGGCUGUUUCUUCAAUUUUCUCAAUUUUCUUAAUUCUCCAGAUUCCAUGAUGGCUUCUCCACGGGGCGGCGUCCUCUCACUCCUGGUCUUGGUCGCUUCGUGGGCGCUUCUGGCUUCCUGGUGUAUUGAAUUUUGCCUCUGCCUCGCGCCUCCCGCAUCGCUAGCACCGCCCGCACCGCCCACUGCCUCCCGCCCUCGCCCACAAGCCCUGUCAGUUGUGUCUCUGUCUCCUGCCUUUAAUUUGCGUGUUUUUCCAUCCCCCAGUCCACACUCCAUAGUCUCCCAGUCGCCCAGUUCGAAGCCCAUAGUCUCUCAGUCAGUCAGUUCACAGUUCACGAUUUCCCAGGUUACUAGUGAACAGUUCUUGAUCUCACAGCCAACUACUACACCGGAUUUGGUCUCCCAGUCGUUCAGUUCACAGUCCACGGUCUCCCAGUCGACCACCUCACAGGGUUUGGUUUCCGUGUCUACUACUUCACAGACCAGUCUCUCCCAGUCAACCAGUUCACAGGAUUUGAUCUCCCAGUCGACUAGUGACCAGCCCAUUGUCUCCCAGCCCAGCUCACACUUUCCAGCACUGCAGUCUGCCAGCCCACAACCGCGCCGCUCCCUCCCCCACGCCGGGACGCCCCCACCACUGCCACAUUUGCCUCGAUCAUCAAAGCAACUUUAUUUGCACCUACAACCCAAUUUCUUUUUCACGUCCUCUCCUAAGAGCCUUAUCGGAGGAGAGCGCGAAGAAAGAAGGGACGGGGAAAAAGACACUGGAACAGGGAAUGGAGGUGAAAGCAUUGGAGAAGAAGGAGAAGAGGAAGAGAGAGACUGGCAAACUGUCACAGACUCUCAAAUAAUCACUACCAAUCACCCGGCAGCAGGACCUUCCCCCGAUACGCAGUCUGGCAUGUGGAGUACGGACCAGGCCAGACCAGAGGAGGCGGAGGGAGGGGGUCAGGAGAGGAUGGGAGAGGGAGGAGGUGAGGCCGGCGCCCGACGGACUGAAAAAUCAAGUCGCAAAUUAUACGCCAUCUCAGGCAAAGGGGACAAGUUGAGUCAGAGCAGAGGUUUCACCGUGGCCCACCCUCUUACCCCCACCGGCGAGUCUUGGCCACCUGCUGAGGGCCACACAGAUCCUCGCCGAGCCUCAACAAACAGCAAACCAACAGUCAGGGGAAGGAGUAUUGGCGGUAAAGAGCGAUACUCCCCUCCACUGCUAGCGAGGGGCGCCCUGGACCUUACCUCGGGAGAACAAGAGCAGCAGGAGCAGCCCGUGAAGCAGCCGCCCCGCGCCAGGCCGCCAGACACAGGAUCGACCCUUCAGAGAGCGACGGGGGAACCGCCAGGCCUUUUGAAUGUAAAUGAAAUGAUGGUGAAUUCUCUCAGAAGUCUAGAACAGGAAUACACGACCAGCGAGGAAACGCGUCUGUUUGAGAGAAAGUCUGUGUCAGGCAAAUGGGACAAGCAGGCGGGAGGAGAGGAGGAGGAGGAAGGAGAGGAAGAGGAGGAGGGAUCGUUGGAGGAAGACAGCAUGAGUGAGCCGCAUUCGAAGCUUCAGGUCGUGGCAUCUUCUGUGAAGCCUGAGCAGCUGUCCCGCACCCAUGAACUUGAAGCGAAGAAGGAGUGGCAGCUGAUACGAGAGGCCCUAGUGGUGCGUGACUCCCUGCAGGGCGCCAGUAGAGGACGUUCUGACCCUUCCCUGACCACUGGACCCCUGCGCGACCUCUCAUCAGCCUCGUCACCCUGGCCCCUGCUCCUCGCCCCCCCAACGCUCACAUCAACACCUCAGCGCGUAGACACACUCCCAGAGGUCAGUUUACCCACGCCACUCCAAUCAGUAACCCCAGAAUCCCAAACUCGCCCCGCCUCGCCUCGCCUCCGCCGCCUAUCACAGCCGCCCCCGCAGCACACCACGAGCAUCCUUAACAAGGAGAAUCCGCCAAAGUGGAAGAAAACCUCCCAGGAUCAGGAAACCCUUAAAGAAGAUCCCCAGAAAUCUCCAUUAGUCUCUACCCGACAACUCGGGAAUAAGAGCGUGAUGGUGUCGUGGGAAGACAGCGCCACUAACACCACCGCUAACACCGCGGCCACGAGUGACGCGAGGCCUGGAGCAGAGCGCCACUCUGCUCGCAGUAAUGCUGCACCCGACGCUUCAAGUGACGCUCAGGAUGCACCGCGCCGCCCGCCUCAGUUCAUGACGCAGGGAUCUUUGUAUUCGCCAAAGACAAGGCGCCGCGACUCAGGACGGUGGGGCAGCAGGAGUCCCCCGGCGCCCCCGCUCAAUGGCUCCGCCUCAUCUCACAAAUGGCCGGUGGAGAAAACGAGCGAGAGUGAGUCUUCAGAUCCACGUCACUUGUCCCCGCCGCCCACCCACGGGAAGACUCAACUAACUCAACGUGAAGAGAGAUACACGCCGCCACGCGCCCCAACAGCCCCGCCUCGCGAGUUAAAGCUGGGGGAAGGCGCGCCCUCCACCAGCCUCGCCCCAGUUGGAGAGGACAUAACUCGCGGUGGGAAGAAGAGAGGGAAAAUUAUUGCUCCCGUAGAGAGAUCCGAGAAAAAUAUGGUGGAAGGGUCGCCGGCGAGGAAAAAUGGAGGAGGAAAUUUGAGGCCUGUCAUCCCAAGAAUAAAAGGAGGAGAGAAAGGAGGAAGACUAGACAGAGAAGAGAGAAGAGGAGCAAGUAAAAUCACCAAGGACGCUGCACAAGAUAGUGACACAUCGCGGGGCGAGACAAAUGAUGACAAUGAUGAGACAGCUUCACAGGGAAUGAAUUCUGCAGAGGCUGGGGUCAAGACGCGAAGCUCACACCUCAGAAGACAGAGACUCUUCAGGCGAGACACGGAGACAACACCUCAGAUCAACGAGGGAGGACGCGGUACGGGAGAGCAGCAGCACCACGAGAUCCCUGGGCAGAGGCGACGCAAGAUGCGGCCUCCCCUGGCGCCCCGCGACGCCUUCCAAGAGCACCCGUACGCCGCUGUGGAGGCACCGCCAUCUGUAGGACAUGACCGCGCCGCGGCUUCGCUCCCCCAAGUUAAAACUAGCAUUGUUGAUAAGGUAAACAAGGGGCCCCGUCCAGCGGCACCGCGAGGCAUGGCAGCGGUGGCGGGUCCUGGCGACCCUCCCUCCAGGCACCAUCUCUCCCAGGGCCCCGCGAACACCGGCAGCGCGGACUACAGUUACUUCCCCCCGGGGUUUGCCACAGUGGAUACUUCGGAGGGUUGUCAAUGCUGGCAGACACACGACGACAGUCUCACCCUGGAGGAGGAGUGCCGCUGCCAGGGAGAACAUAUCGUACAGCUCCCCACCAACCUCUCCACCACCAUGGACAGACUGUGAGUGUGACCCUCCCCUUGCCACCCCACCCCAACCCAUCUCUCUCUCUCUCUCUCUCUCUCGGAAGUAGUGAUGGUGAGGGGUGGAAAGAAGUAGUCAGGGUGUGGACCUCUGCUUUAAGAGGAUGGGCGGGGUGGGAUGGGCGGUGUUCCUGGUGUGAGGGCCUGUAGUGACGCCCUCCCGCCCCGCCCGCCCUUCUCUCCCCUUCCCGCCCCUUCCCGCAGUGUUCACGCGCUAUUUCCCUCCAUCGUUUGUCUUCCACCGCCGCUUUCCACCUCAGAGUGCGCUGGUCACCCUCCGCGGCUGCCGUGGAAACUGGAUCUUCUAUAGUCAAUUUCUCUCUCUCUCUCUCUCUCUCUCUCUCUCUCUCUCUCUCUCUCUCUCUCUCUCUCUCUCUCUCUCUCUCUCUCUCUCUCUCUCUCUCUCUCUCUCUCUCUCUCUCUCUCUCUCUCUCUCUCUCUCUCUCUCUCUCUCUCUCUCUCUCUCUCUCUCUCUCUCCUGACCCUCUACAAUAUAUUUAUAAUCCUCUAUAGACAGACAAUACACAUAAGUAGUUUCCUUGCAUUAAUGUAUUUGCUGAUGUCCACAUUGAUGUAAAUGUAUAGUUGAUAGCGGUGAGAUUACUAGCAAACUAACCGUAGUCACCCUCAUUAACCAACUGUGUGUGUCAUUUUCUUGCUGCUUAGUUAAUCGAAAGAAAAAAAAAGUAAGGGUUGAUAAUUUUUUUUUUUCAAGUUUUAUAUAAUACUAACAGAAACUGAGAUUGGUUUGUGUUUAUUCUUGUCACUCUGAGUCUGUUCGCUCACAUUAAACACGUGACAAGAGUGACUGUAAACUGUACCCUGAAAAAAGACCAGAUUUUCUCAAGUCUUACAUGAAAAAAAGCAGAGACAUUCAGAGCCUUUUUUUUUUUUUUUAAUUUGCCAGUCUUGUCAGUCUUCCCACACAUAAGACAACAAGAACCACUAACUUAAACCAUCACUGCACCAAAAAAUAGACCAUCACUUCAUUAGAACCCAUAUCCUGACAAACCACCUGGAAAAUUAACGAACUGACCAUCAAAUGUAUAAAAAUAGAACAGAGAAUACACAGAGCGAGAGGACUUAUGCACCCACCAAUCCACACACACACCCUUACCCUUACCCUCCUCCCCUUCACAUACGUACCCUUACCAUUCACCACGACAAGUACUCAAGGUAAUAAAGAAUUCUUGCUGUGUU